AUGAAUAGGGGUAUCCCCGAACUACUAAAGAAUGUGAUCGAGCGAUGUUGCGACGAGGAUCCGGACAGUCGUCCGUCUUCCGCGGAGCUUUUAAACAUCUUCGGGCAAUGGAGGACCGAAGAAUGGGGUUACUUUAUCGAUAGAUCGUCUGAAUUAUACAGGCAGAUUCAAGAAAUCGACCAGAAUUCAACCGAGUACGAUCCUAAAAAAGUUGUCUUCAAUCCACGUGCCGUCUACACCAGUCGGCUUUUAAAGGUUUCGGCACCCGGGAGCGCGUACGCGCACGACUCGAAACAAAUUGAGCUCAUAUGCCCGGAUAGUCAGAAUUUUAAUGAAAGCGAAGAGCAUUUCUAG